AACUAUGGUCCAAUUAAUCUCACAGAUCUAAGCGAAAGGUCGACGUAACGGAGGCAAAGAGAGACGGGAAUACGACAAGCCAACCCAGACAGAUAUUGACGGAAGAUAUAAUCACAAUGCUCGCCAAGGGCGAGGAACCCGCGUUGGUCCGAGACACGAUCGUCCAGUCCCUCGUCGGGAAAACAGAUAAGGAAAGCACGGAGGGAAGGAGAGAGGAGAUGGUUAAAGGAGUCGAAUACGAUGAAAAAAUUGAAAGAAGUAAAGGGGGAGGAGGAGAGGAGCGUCAAAUGACAAUUUAUCAUCAACUUAUGCGCGCAUCGGAAGAAGGAAGCGUGUCGAGUUUGAAGGAAUCGACGACGCACACCGUAGGCACGCAAAUAAGUGAAACGCUGAUGUCGUCGCUCGCCAGCAGUAGUAGAACGAAAUCUAGAACAUUGUUGCAUUUGAAAUCGAACAAGGUGGAUCCAAUCAGAGACGCAGAUGUAUCUGACGAAGAUCCCGUCGCGGGACCGUCGAGGACGUUUGUGAGCUCGGCUGUUCAAAAAGACGAAUGUGCUGAAUCACCGAAUCCGAUCGAGCAUCGGAUGAACGAUGAUUGCUCGCACUGCAAGCGACAGAGUUUAACACCAACUUCGACAAACUGCUGCAACAUUUUCAAAGACAAAAGAGGAAGAUACUUCUGCGAGUUUUGCGCCCCGUCAGACAGUAAAAGGAUAACGAGCAGGCUCGAAGUCACCGAUUUGAAGAAGCUACGGUGUGCCAAUUGUCGAUUAUCUCUUCGUGCGCGAGGCGUUAAAACUUCGCAGAAUAUUAAACUGAAAUCAGACGCUUGUCCAAAAUGCGGUCAAUCGCAAAGACAGACGGCGGCUUCUUCUCCUUCCUCCAUGUAACGCGUCGCAAUUACAUACGUUGUAACAAAACUACAGAUAUCUCACGUCGAUAGAGUAGAUAUUGCGAGAAUCGUGACCGGAAGCGUCGAUAUCGUGAUUGUCUUAAAAACUCAUUCCUUACAAUAUAAUAGUCAUUAGGAACAGCGAUAAGUAGUAAAACGUAUAUACGUUCUUUUUUUUCGCGCGAAGAAGAAUAGGAGCACGAGAGAAAGAGAUCGCGUUGUUGAUUAUUAACUGUAACUUAAUGUUAGAUAAUAUUAUCGGGAGAAUACAUGAUUCGUACCUUCUUUGUAACAUGAUACCAAUUUCUGCCCUGGCGCGUGUACUUGUAAUCCAUCAUUUUUACCUUCAUCUUUUUUAUAAUUGCGCAGUCUUGUAUUGUUAAAAUAUAUAGCGCGAUUUCGAAUGAUAUUGCAUAAUUGUUUUGUUUUUUUUUCUGAUAACGCGUUCUCCAGAACUUUCUUCUCGCCCCGAGCGCGCGACGAUAAAAAAUAAAAAUAUAACGAUAAAAAAUCUGAGGUCUUUUAAAAAUCAUGCGAUUAUUAGAAUAUUCGGAUUGGCUCCUAUUUUAUCUGUAAAUAAGUAUAGUAAGUACGUUCGCGGCGACGCGAAGGUGAAAACUUAAUCCGGUAUAAAUCUUCUCGUUUUGCAAACGAGAUCAUGCGAUUACGCAUCGAUCGUAAAAAAAUAAAUCUAUGCCAACGAUUAUACGUGGUUUCAAAGAUGUUACUACUAGAUUGCAUCGUUAAAAUGCUAUAAAACGAGCGAGUUAUAUAAGCUAAAGGAACUAGAUUGAGCUUUUAGUAACGCUUACGCGUAAAAAAGAUCCUUAACACUACCUAUACGCGAGUCUUUGGCAGCAUCGAUGGCAAUAUCGAUAAUAAAAAAAAAAAAAAAGAGAGAAAUAUCCUAAUAUAAUUAUCCCUCAUUAGAGUACGUGAAAUAAAACGUAAAAACGCCAUCUUUGGUAUCCGAUCGCCGUCAUUUUCUAAAAUCUGCGUAAAGCAAUCUUCGAAAGAAAAAAAAAUGAAAAAAAAAA